AUUUCUGUUCGUACAGCGACAUCUAUUUUACGAUCACACUUAAGCUGCACUGUAUUAAUAUGGAGAAUACUAAGCAGAAACCAGCCAAAACUUUAAAACAGCCUUUUGAGAAAGGGAAGAAAAGCAGUCAGCCUGCAAAAAAGGUGAAAGGGAGAAGAGUGAAGAAAGAAAAUGAACCAGCUUGUAAUUCUUUAAAACAGAUGGAUAACAGUGAGUCAGAAAUGGACAUAAAAAUUUUGGAACGACAAUGGGAAGCAAAAGAUGCUGUUGCAGAAGCAACUAACAUUCCAACAAAUGUUGCCCAAAGAGUCCUUGAUUUGUUUGAUCAAGAAUGUACAAUUCCAUUUAUUGCUCGAUACAGAAAACAAAUAACUGGAGGGAUGGAAGCAGAGAAGUUAAGAGAAGUCCAACAGGCUUAUGAAGAAGUCAAGAGUGUGAUGAAGAAAAGUGAAAAUGUGAUGAAAACAUUAGCCAAAGAACAAAAGCUUGAACCAGCUCUGAAGAGAUCUUUAUGCAAUGCCAAGACCUUGGCAGAGAUAGAACAUUUGUAUGCUCCUUACAAAAGUGGAGGUCAGAAAACAUUAGCUGGUCGAGCACGAGUUCUAGGGCUUGAGGAAUCAGCACUUCAUAUAUUGGAAAACUUUGGAUCUGUUAAGAAUAUAUUGCCAGGAAGUUUUGUUAAAAAUGAUGUGAAAGGCUUGUCUACUGAACAAGAGGUGUUGACAGGCUGGCAGCAUAUAAUGGCUGAUGCCAUUGCCAAGAAUAGAGAUAUCCUGGACUUUGUAAGGAAACAAUGCAAGUCCAUGGAUGUUACGGUAACAAGUACAAAGUCAUCAACUGCAGAGAAAUUGGAUAAACAAGCCUUUGUAGAAGGCCGUGACACUUCAAAUUACAAGUUUGAGAAUUACUUUAAUUUCAAGGUUUCUGUCCAGGAUAUCAAAUCUUACCAGAUGCUUGCUAUAAACCGUGGAGAGAACCAGAAAGUUCUGACAACCAAAAUUGUUAUUCCUAUUCGCAUUAAAUUAGCAACGUUUGAGCUGUGUCGUAGAAAGUGGGGGGUACUUAGUAGAGAUAAAGAAACGGCAGACUUGAUUGAGACGAGUAUUCAGGAUGCAUAUUCUCGUUUGUUGGAACCUCACAUAUGUCGAGAAAUCAGAGCUGAACUCACAAAAAAGGCUGAGAAGGAUUCUGUUGACGUUUUUAGCACCAACUUGAAACGACUGUUGUUGAUUCCUCCUCUUCGAGGAAGGGCAAUUUUGGGGAUUGACCCAGGAUUCAAACAUGGAUGUAAAUUAGCCCUUAUUUCAUCAACAGGAGAUCUUUUAGAAACAAAUGUUAUCCAUCCACAGAGGUCAGCAAAAGAAAGUAAAACUGUACUUCAGAAAAUGUUGUUAACUCACAGGUGUGAAACCAUAGCUCUUGGUAAUGGCACAGCUUGUCGAGAAACAGAGGAAUUUCUUUCUUCAUUAAUUCAAAACAGAACAUUUGCUCCCUUUGAUGUAAUGUAUUGCAUUGUGAAUGAAAGUGGAGUAUCCAUCUACAGCGUCACUAAAGAUGCUGAAAUAGAGUUUCCAAAACUUGAUCCAAAUCUCAGGAGUGCUGUUGCUAUUGCUAGAAGACUGCAAGAUCCACUGCUUGAGUAUGUGAAGGUUGAACCAAAACACCUUGGUUUUUAG